GUCUCCGCGGGAGAUGGCCUUUGCCCGCCGGAGGGGUUUCCCUCAGGCCCUGCAGCACGCGGGUGGCUCUGGAGGGCAUCAACAAGCCCGUCAUAGACCGCAUCAUACGGGUGGACCACGCGGGGGAGUACGGGGCGAAUCGCAUUUAUGCGGGGCAGAUGGCCGUCUUGGGUAGAUCAAGUGUGGGACCGAUUAUCCAGCAAAUGUGGAAUCAAGAAAAAGACCACCUGAAAAAGUUCAAUGAACUAAUGGUUGCGUACAGAGUUCGACCUACUGUUUUAUUGCCUUUUUGGAACGUAGCAGGUUUUGUUUUAGGGGCUGGAAGUGCUUUACUUGGAAAGAAAGGUGCAAUGGCUUGCACAGUGGCAGUGGAAGAGAGUAUAUCAGAUCACUACAACAGCCAGAUCCGAACUCUUAUGGAGGAAGAUCCAGAAAAGUACAAAGAACUAUUGCAGGUAAUAAAGCAAUUUCGGGAUGAUGAACGGGAGCACCAUGACAUUGGGCUUGAGCAUGAUGCAGAAGCGGCACCGGCUUACUCAGUUUUGAAGACCGCUAUACAACUUGGAUGCAAAGCUGCAAUAUUUUUAUCAGAAAGAAUUUAGUGAUAUUUUCCAUAAUGUUUGUGGCAAUAAACUGUGACACAAAGGUGUAUGGAAAUUGCAGAAGACUGAUAGUUAUUUUAUUAAGCCUUUUAAAAUUUUCUUCACUAAGCAUCCGAUUCAGCCAUCCUUUGUCACAUUGAGUACCCAUUCAAAAAGUAUCUAUAUUAAAAUCAGUUGAGCUAAAUGUGAAUAAAGGUGGCAGAAUUGGGUCCGUAUGAACUACACCUCCAUAUUCAGAGACUGUUCACAAGGUGGCAGCAAAAUAUGUAUGUAUAUACAUGAUUUCUAUGUAUAAUAUGUGUGUGUGUGUGUGUAUACACACACAUAAAAAUAAGUACAUUCUCUGUUGCCUUCAAAUUUAUAUGUACUUGAAAUAAGCUGGAGCUCCUCAGCUCAUUUUAAAAUGGUUAAUACUGACUAAGUAGGAUAUUUGAGUUCUAUUUUCAGGGUAAAUAAAUGCAGUACUAGUAAGUAUUUCUUUUCAGUCCAUCUUGAAUAAAGAUUGGUAUUAUAAGA